GCGCCGCGGAAGCACGUACGGAGUCGCAAUGGGCAGGAGAAAAAUAGACGAGAUGCUUCUUUCAGCUUUUGGCUGGGUUCCCGCGAGGGUGGCCCUUGGGAUGCUGACGUUCUUCGGCUUCGUGAACCAGUUUAUGGUGCGCGUGAACCUGUCCGUGGCUAUAGUGGCGAUGGUGCACCAGAACAAGACUGUGGAAGAGGUUCAGGCGCAGUGUGUUAUGGGUUCUCUAUAUAUACAUGGCGUGGCUUGGCCCUCGAUGCACGCCCUCUUGUCCCGAUGGAUCCCGCCCAUAGAACGCCCACGGUUCAUCGCCUUCGCGUAUUUGGCAACCACCCUAAGUGUGACCUUCACCCUACCCCUGUGCGGCGUCAUCAUCGACUGGCAUGGGUGGGAGGCGGUCUUCUACACCACGGGCGUUCUGUGCCUGAUCUGGUGCCUGCUGUGGUUCGCUCUCAUGCACGACUCCCCCGGCACGCAUCCGAGAAUCAGCCACGAGGAGAGAGAGCAUAUCGAGAUGUCCGUGGCGGCGGGAGGGAGCUCAAAGAGGACAGGAAGUGGCAUCCCCUGGCGCCCCAUCAGCACCAGCAUGCCUGUGUGGGCCAUCAUCGUGUGCGACAUGGGCAAUACUUUCGGCCUCUCCAUCUACCUCACUCAGCUGCCCACCUACAUGAGGAAUGUCUUGGGAUUCUCCAUCAAGAAGAAUGGCUUGCUCUCCGGCCUGCCUUUCCUCUGCCGUUAUGUCGGGGGAAUCAUCUCCAGCACCGUCGGGGAUUGGCUGCUCAGUCGCGGCUGCCUCUCCAUCGUCAACACGCGCAGGAUCUUCAGUGCUGUCGCCAUGUUGGGACCGACAGUCGUCUUAGUGGGCGUGGCCUAUUCCGGCUGUGACCCCGCCCUCACCGUCUCUCUCCUGUGCCUCAGCAUGUUCCUGAACGGCGCUAUAACGACCAGUCAGCUCGUCAACCACACAGACAUUGCUCCUAAUUUUUCAGGAACGUUGUUUGGAAUCAGCAAUACUUUCGCGUCGAUUGCGUCAUUCAUCUCUCCCGUGGCGGUGGCGGCCAUUAUUAAGAACCAGCAAACGAUGACCCAGUGGCACAACGUCUUCUGGAUGUGCGUGCCCAUCUACGCCGCCUGCGAGAUCUUCUACCUGGCCUUCUGCUCGGGCACAGUGCAGCCCUGGAACUACGCGGGGCAGCACCGUCGCCACGCCCAGGAGGAGGAGGCGGAGCGAGACGGACCCGAGGCCGCGGCGCUUCAGUAGGCGCGAGGAGGUCGUCGCGCGAGGACGUGGGUGGAGGGGCGCCGGCGGGGGGCUGUCGGCGCUGGAGGAGGGAGGGCGAGGUGGAUCACUUUCGGGGGGAGCGAUGCGGGAUUUUUUUUUUUUUUUUUAUCUAUUUAUUU